UCGAAGUGGGAGCGCGCAUAGGAAGGGAGGGCAAUCUGGUCCAGGCACUAAUAAGAACCCAAUGGCUGGGGCACCGCAGACAGGAGCGCUUCAACGCGACACGAGACACAAGUAGACGGACAAAACCUCUCGAGGUGCAUUGCUGAAGCAGGAAUGGGAUGAGGUUAUAAGAAUGCCACUCGGAGAAUUCGCAGGGCAGAUAUUUCACAGAGACGCAAAAGUGAGGUGCGAGUCAGGUUUGCGUAUCGCUACUGAAGUGCCAGGGGACUGGAGAGAGAGGCAGUAGGUAGGGGGACUGGACGCUCGAAACACCUGCUUGGUAACAGGCAGCCUACCUCAAAGACUGAUAAGGAUGAGAUUAUUUAUUUUUCAUGAAUUGUGAACAGAAUAAAGGAUGAAAACUCUGGAAAGGAAAAUAGUUUAAGUGUCAAAUUAUUAGGGGAAGUAAUUGACUAGAAAGAUAAUUUAAAGAUACAGUAGUGAGUAGAGAAAAUGUAUUAACUUUUAAGUUAAUUUAAAGGGUCAACAUGGGUUUUACAGAAGAAAGGAGUUCCUGUCCUUUCAGUAUGGAUUCUGAUCCAUAAUGGCCAACCUUGCUCUAUAGAAACAUUAUAACUCCUUUACAACCCAUGAUCUAGAAUGGAUCACCACCAAGAUUUGACCACCAUCAUUCAAAUGCUAUCAGGUGCCUGAAGCGGUGCUUGCUCAGUGGGCACAGUAGGUCACUGAUACCAGGGACCCAGACCUCUCCCCAAUGAAGGUGUCCUCCUGGUGGGUAAGCCUGGCAUGGCUUGGCCUGCUCGUCAUCUUCACAUGGAGCUCCCUGGUCCAGGGGUGCGGACCAGGCCCUGGGUACGGCUUCCGCCCUAGGUCCAGGAAACCCACCCCCAUGCCUUACAAGACCUACUUCCCCAAACUUUCUGAGAACAACCUGGGUGCCAGUGGGAGGGCAGAGGGCAAGAUCACACGCAACUCAGAACGCUUUAAUGAACUGGUGUGUAACUACAACCCUGAUAUUAUCUUCAAAGAUGAGGAGAAAACUCUUGCUGACCGCUUCAUGACCAAGGUAAGACUGGUUCUUCAGAGACUGGUUCAGACAGUCUGUGUAUGUAAUGGUUAGCCAAGUUCAAUUAUCUGAUUGUACACUAAGUGUAACAACUUCUCUGCUCCAUGGGACCCACUUGGUGCCCUUUCCAUUCAUCCAUGUUGAUGACUGUGUGUACAGUAAGUGUUGUCAGUGUAAGGUACAACUGGUUCAGACUUCAGACAGUGUGUAAUGGUUAAUCUAGUUCAAUUAUCUCCAGGUUUAAGUUUGAUUUUAUUUUAUAUUUACUGUGGGACCACUUCAAGGACCCACAUAGAAUCACUUGGUGCCCUUUCCAUUGACCCUUGUAACUCACUGGUCACUCAUGACUGUGUGGUAAUGGUACAGUAAUGUAGUUAGUAUUAGACAGGCCAGUAGGUCCCAAUCAUAAAACCAUAGGAGGAUACUCCUUCAGUGUAGGGAAACUGGUUCCAUGUGGCAGCUCAUAGGGGAAAUCCCUCUGCUGGAUGAUUGAUUAACUACAGCAGGUAGUGGUAUACACUGAUUUACAUGUUGCUCUAUUCUCUAGUCUGAUAAGCUGAUGUCCUUACAUUUACAAUUUUAUUAUCUCAUGAAAAGUUGAUCAAAUAGUGGAUUCACUUUCAUAGCCUCUGUAUUAGACAGGUUACUCACAGUAUUUUGAUGUGAACUUCUUUUUCAUCAAAUAUAUCCAGUCCCAGGUGUCUAUUUUAUAUAUUUAUUCACACUUCCCCUCUAUCUUUAUAAGAUGGGGGGGAUCAGGAUUUAAUUUAAUAUGACUCUCUGGAGAAUGCGCUCCAACUCGUGAUCAUUUCCUCUUAAUCUUUAACCAAAGUCUUUGUUGCUUGGUAAUAAAACGAUUCCUCUGGUUCCACUUGCCUGCUCUGUGUGUGCUUACCAGGAGGGAUUCAUAGGUGAGGCCAGGCAGGUAACCUUGCAUAGUGUACAUUAGGGUCAGGUAUGCAGUAUGCGGUAUGACCAUUCAAAUAUUAUCAGGACUGGCGAACAGGAGUUGAGGAGUUGACACAGGCACAGUAGCACAGGAACACAGACCUCUCUCAUAUCUUGUAUCUGACCUCUUUAGAAUAUCAAGGAAGCCACAGUGUGAUGUUGGUAUUUUGAGUUGAGGAACAAUAGACAUAUUGUUAUUGCUCUCAAAUGGCUGGUACACUCUCAGAAAAAAGGGUUCCAAAAGGGUUCUCCGGCUGUCCCCAUAGAUGAACCCUUUGAAGAACCCAUUUUGGUUCCAGGUAGAACCCUAUGUGUAAAAGGGUUCUACCUGGAACCAAAAGGGUUCUACCUUGAACCAAAAGGGGUUCUUCAAAGGGUUCUCCUAUGGGGACAGCCAAAGAACCCAGUUUGGUUGUAGAUAGCACCUUGUUUUUUAAAGAGUGUAUUCUCAACUUCUGAUGUCAAGUGAGAAUCGAUCGAUAUAGGCUACAAGAGGCGUGUGAUCUUUGACAUGGGAUAUUUAAAGCAUACAAUAGGCCUACGGUAAUCUUCAAACUAGUUGUCAGAUUCUUAAAAAUCACAAUCAUUAGUAACAUCAAGACUGUCCUUCACAAUUGAGCAUAACAACAAUGUUUCUUAUCUAAAAGUAGGCUACUCUACACUUGUGUGGUGAUGUUUGGAGUCCUUUGUUCGCUCCUGACUGGUUGUGUAUGAUGUGAAUCUAUGUUCCUUCCUUUUUUUGAAUGAUUGUACAGUAUUUGUGAUGGAAAUUUGUGGUUCAGUGUGUGUAUGCCCUUCUGAUGCCCAGUCUGAGGACCAGUGUGUGUAUGUGUGAAUGCUCCUGUGUGUGUGUGUGUCUGCAUCAGUGUGUAUGUGUGCAUGUGCCCCUCUCUCUGACCAGAUGUGAAAGACGUUCUUUGUAUAGGGUUUGGACACUCCAAGGGGUCGCCUAUACAAAAUUCUCGCCUGCUGAAGUAAUGGCACCGUCGGAAAAGCCGACUAUUGUAGUUCAAUAACAAUGAAUCGCCUCUCUUCAAUGGCAUGGCGAGAAACAUGUAGCCAGUUUGUUUUCUGUCCCUCAUUCUUUUCUCACUCUGGCUGUCACAUUCUCAAGUGUAUGCCCAUACAUUCCUCCCCUCUCUCUCUGCCUUCUCACUUAGCCUGGACCUGGCCUCCUCGCUGCUCAGCGUCUCUCUUUCUCUCUGACUUUCUCUCUCUGAAAUAUGGUUAACAAACUCUCUGUUCCAACUCCCUGGUAAUUGGGACUUUCAGGAGCCAAUGCGUAAACGCCUCUUAAAUAGCAAACUGCUAUUGUGUGACAUUAAAACAUAAUACAGUAUGCAUCAUUGCAGCCCAGUGGGUGUAAGAGUCAUGAUGUUCACAUUUCUGAUCAAAUGUCUCAAAAGGUGACACAGAAAGACAUCAUGACUAAAACCUUCUGAAGUAGAGAACGGCCUUGAUUAUUCCCUCACCCUGCAGAAAAGGCCAAGGAAUGUUCUAGAAUGGCUACAGUAGCUUUGUGUUCUUAUGUUCUGAUUGUUUGAGAAAGGUUGGAGAGGGUUGGCAAUGGCCUUUAUAACCACUGAAUACAGGAGAGAAAAAUCUGAUGAUGUCAAUGGAGACAAACAUUACCAAAGUUAUUCUAUAAUCUAGGCAGAGAUGAUAGGAAUACAGUUAGUUACAGAAGUGUUGUGGUAUUUGGUAUUGCUUUACAAGGGGUUGAAUGUGACUGUGAAUGAAUAGUCAUAGUGGGUGAGGUAGACAGAGGGCUCACAACUACAUUCUGACUCAAGCAGUUCCUUUUCCCUCAUUAAUGAAUGAUUAAACUCUAAGGGGUUUCAUACAUGUCGAUAGUCCUGGAGUUUCUAUCGACAGACCCGGCCAUUAUGCUGAAAAUACUUGUCAAUAGGGGCCCGUGUAGCUCAGUUGGUAGAGCAUGGCGCUUGCAACGCCAGGGUUGUGGGUUCAUAUGAAAAAUGUAUGCACUCACUAACUGUAAGUCGCUCUGGAGAAGAGCGUCUGCUAAAUGACUCAAAUGUAAAUGUAAUAGCCUAGUAAUUCUCAUCAGAAUAUGAGGGCUAAUUGAAUUGAAAGCAAUCAUGUUGCAAAUGAAUUACUAUUGACAUACAGUAUAUAUAUAUAUAUAUAUAUAUAUAUAUAUAUACUUGAGUUAUUGUGACAGCAUAUUCUCUACACUGUCAGUUUUUAUUUUUCAAACUAAUACAGUAUAUAAGUGUUGCUCCAAAUAAAAUCCUACUCUUAUCAGUAGCAUUGUAUUGAAAGGUAUCAUAUUUUAUUAAUUCAAUGCCUCUCCAUCCCACUCUCCCUCUCCCUCAGCGCUGUAAGGACUGCCUCAACAAGCUGGCCAUAGCGGUGAUGAACCACUGGCCUGGGACGAAGCUGAGGGUGACAGAGGCCUGGGAUGAGGACGGUCAUCACCCCCCUGACUCUCUACACUAUGAGGGGAGGGCCGUGGACAUCACAACGUCGGACCGCGUCCUAGACAAGUACGGCAUGCUAGCGCAGCUGGCUGUGGAGGCUGGCUUCGACUUUGUGUACUAUGAGUCCAAGCACCAUGUGCACUGCUCCGUCAAAGCUGGUAAGUCAAGUGGGUAAUAAUCAGCAUAUUUAAUACGACAGACAUUACCGUCACAUUUCCUGUGAUUUGCCUUCAGAUGUACAGUAUGAUAUUUAUUCCAGUCAUUUCCCCACAUACAAUCAUAUUUUAUAGAUUAAGAUGAAUAUAAUAACAUUAUUUGUCUUAAUCUUAUUAUAUAAUUUCAAGGAAAUAGAGGGUUUCAGUCAUCUGAAGCCCUUCUCUAUUGACUCGGAUUCCCCCCUUCAGAUCACUCAGUGGCAGUGGAGAAAGGGGGCUGUUUCCCCGGCUGGGCCCGGGUGACUGUAGCCGGAGGCGGACAGAAGACCCUGGCGUCCCUGGAGCCUGGAGACAGAGUGUUGGCCCUGUCUGAGUCAGGACACAUCGUCCUCAGCCGUGUUCUUCUUUUUUUACACCAGAACCAUGACAGCAAGUCCACUUUCCUUGUCCUGACCACACAAGAUGGCCACCGCCUUGCCCUCACUCCCCACCACCUGGUCUUCCUGGCCCCCCACUACAAACUCCACCACAGUGAGUACAAGGCUCAGUUCGCCAGUAGAGCCAAACAGGGAGACAAUGUACUCAUCCGUGGAGAAGACGGUCGACUACAACCAUCCCGGAUCAUCUCAGUAUCACAGGAGGAAGGGAGGGGAGUAUACGCACCCCUAACUGAACACGGCACUCUGUUUGUGGAUGGGGUGCUGGCAUCCAGCUAUGCACUUGUAGACGACCAUAGACUGGCACACUGGGCGUUUGGGCCUCUGAGACUGCUGCUCUCAGUAACCCAGCUGGUUCAGGGGGAGGGCACACAGGGGGCGCAGGUCACAGAAGCAGAGAGAGAGCACACGAAUACGCCCACUCACUAUAACACUCAUCAAAAGAGCCUGAGAGUUUGGGGGAAUCAGAAACUCAGAAGCCCGGGCGUGUAUGUGAAUACAAACACUUCCAACAGACAAAGCAAUUGGACUGCUGUACCCAUUAACAGAGACAUUGAGGGGGGGAACUGUGACUCUGUGCGAGAUAAAGUUUUGAGUGUGCACUGGUAUGCUAGACUGCUACACAGGCUUGGACAGAUAUUUCUAGACCCGGAGACAUUUCAUCCCUAAUAUAAAAAGCACUAUAGGUUCAACUCUGGUACCUGUAUACUACUGAUAAUUGCUACUGUACUG